UUCGAUUAACACAUCAGAAUUAGUAGAGUGAGAAAAACAACUAAUUGAGGAUUCAUCGGAAACCGAUUGAGUGCAAACGUUUACGAAAAAUGCAAAUUAUGUUUGGAACAAUUUUAUGUGUUUUAUUGAAAGGUUUAGUACUGACAAAGACAACUAUCACGCCGAAAGAUUAUAACAUCUAUCUCCAGGAAGAAAGUGUUUCCAUGUGUCCGGAUUUAAAUUUCACGCAGUCUGACCAGAGUCAUUCUGAUAGUACUGUGAGACAUGAGCGGGAAGUCGAUGAAGUUACCCUUUCAAAUAUUUCUAUCAUCCCAGAACCUAACGAAAGCAAUUUGAGCAAGCCAACAUUUCUCAGAGCAUUUGUACAAUUCGACAGUCAAUUCGCAGAAAAAGUAAACGACAUUUUUGUGACAUUGAGAUGGAACCAACCUGAAUUUACCGAUGAAAUAAUACAAGAGUACCAAGUGCAGUGUUCUAUCUUUGAAAACUUUAAAGAAAUCUGCGAUGAUAAAAAUAUCACAACUACAAAAUUGGAGCACACGGUGCACAAUCUAAUAUCUAACACGACAUAUUAUUUUCGAGUACGUGCGCAUACUAAAAUUGUUGCUGGUCCUUACACGGAUUUAAUCAAUCUGUCGACUACACAUGAAAAUCCAAUACCUAAAUUAUUACUCACAACGAAUCAAGGUAUCCAAAUAUAUGACGUGGAUUUGAACAUUACUCAUUUCGUAACAUCAAAAGCAGUAAUAAAUGUCGCUUAUUCGAUACAAGACAAUAAGAUUUAUUGGAUUGACAAAAAAGACUUGAUGACAUUGAAGAUUAGUGAAAAUAAAACCACAAAAAUAGCUAGCUUUGAGCAUUAUCUAUAUGAUCUCUGCAUUGACUGGGUAGCAAGAAAUCUAUAUUUCACCUAUGAAAAGUCAGCUUCUUAUAUUGUAAAGUUUGACUUAGCAAUAUCUAUGACGAUUGAUAUAACAAACAUUUACAUUUUAACAUAUGAUAUGUAUUAUUAUGCUAAAUAUACUAAAUAUACUCAUAUAUAUGUUUUGAAAAAGAAAUAUGCAAAUCUCAAGAGCGUAAAUGCAGCCAAAUAUGUUGAAAAGAUAAUAAUAAGUUCAGAUGAUAAUACGUUUUAUAAAAUUUACUCUUUUGAUAAAUCUUUACAAUCAUAUCCUCCAAUGAAAUGCCUGACACCUGACGAAAAAGUUUAUAAUUUUGAGAAUGUGAAUGCAACGGCAAACAGCAUCGUUGUGAAUCUUCCGGAGCCGGUUGUAAAAAGUGGAUGCAAAAAAUAUAAUUUACCAACUACUAUGUAUACUAUCUCCGUAAGCUGUUUAGAUAACAAUCUCAACAAGUCUGAGAAAUUCAAAGUGCAGACGUACAAGCGAUAUUACGAGAUUCAGAACUUAACACCAUUUACAGUGUACAAGUUGAAGUUUAUUUUAAGCAAUUUUUACUUUGAUCAAUUAUCAAUAAAACCAUUCGAUUCGAAUGUGCUACGAAUAAAAACUAAUUCAGGCAAGCUUAAUGCACCAGAAAACAUAAGUGUUCUAGCUUUGACGCCUGCUAUAACAGUAGUUCAUUGGAUGCCACUCAAAAAAGUGAACUGCGUGGCCUAUGAAGUGCAUUGGAAAUCAGUUACAUUAAUGAACGACACGCAACAAAAGAGCAAACAAUUUAUCAAUGUGCCGAAACGUAUGGCAGAUGGCAGAUUUUUCACAAAAAUUUAUUUGUCGCUAGCAGUACAAGAUUACUUGAUAUAUGUGCGUGUGUGUCCAAUUAAUUUCAGCGAUUUCUGCAACGAGAGUUUAAGCAAGAUCGUUCACAUAUACUCAGAACCAAACAAUAUUACUUUGAGCGGGGUUAGCAUAAAUAGUAUGAACAUUUCAUGGAUCUCAAACAUUAAUCUGACGAUCUUUUUUAUAUUAGAGUACAAAGAUAUUGCAGCAGAGAAGUGGCAAACAAUGAAUUAUAUUAAAAUGAAUUAUAACCAAGAAGUAACAUGCCAUGUCGAAAAUUUACAAUCGGGAACUUUAUACAAGUUUCGCUCGAUAUUGAGAUACCUCGAAUAUGAGGUAAAUUUUAUAUGGCCAGCUGAUGAAAGAUUUAUUUUUUCGACACGUGGCAGCAAACGUGAUAUUCCGAGCACUCCUGGAAUAAUAGCGAAAAAAUAUUACUUAUUAUUGAUGUUAAGUUUCAUCGUUAUAGUUACUAUAAUCUGCGUCUACAACUUUUAUCGUUUGUAUCGUCAACGCAGAGGUAAUAAUGAACAAUGUUUGUCUUCAACGAUGAACGAUAUAGAAUUGGCGAUUCUACAUGAAGUACCUUGCCGAAACACUCAAUUCAAUAUGAUUUACAGUCCUAUGUUACAUUAUAACCCGGAUGAAUGUGCGAUAACUAAAGUCGCAUGUAAACAGAUUACAUUUACAAAACUUCUUGGUAGCGGUGCAUUCGGAAAGGUGUUUCAAGGAAAUGUGGAGAACUUAGAAGGAUCCGGCAUAGAGAUAUCCGUUGCAAUAAAAAUGCUUCGAAAAGAUGCUUCUUCAAAUGAGAAAAAAAAAUUUUUAAAGGAAGCCAAGCUUAUGAAUCAUUUUCGACACAAACAUAUAUUAAGAUUGUUGGCCAUUUGUUUAGAUGGAGAUUCUCCGUUACUAGUGUUGGAAUUGAUGGAAACUGGUGAUCUGUUAAAAUAUUUGAGAGAUUGUCGAAAUUUGCAACCGUCAGAUUCGUAUGCUCUGCGUUUGCAGGAUUUGCUCGCCAUGUGCGAAGAUGUUGCGCGAGGUUGUUGCUACUUGGAAGAGUUGCGUUUCGUACAUAGAGAUCUAGCGUGUCGCAAUUGUUUAGUAUCUUCGAGAAAUCGCGAGAAUCGUAUCAUCAAAAUUGGAGAUUUUGGAUUAGCUAGAGAUAUCUACAAGGAUGAUUAUUAUCGCGCGAAAGGAGAAGGUUUGUUUCCUAUUCGCUGGAUGGCACCAGAAUCUUUGACGAUUGGAAUAUUUACUUCUCAAAGCGAUGUUUGGUCAUUUGGGGUAUUAAUAUGGGAAAUUACAUCGUUGGGUGAGCAACCUUAUAUUGUCAAGACUGAUGAAGAAGUGAUAAAUUAUGUUCGUGCUGGAGGCAGGUUGCCGAUGUCUCUUAACUGUCCGUCAACGUUGUACCAGUUGAUGUUGCGUUGCUGGAGUACAGCGGAUGCCAGACCAAAUUUCAAACUUUGUCUUAGAAAUAUUAUAGCAAUAAGAAAGAACAUAGAAGAUACCUUACUGCGUCCAGUCGAUAUUAUUUAGUCAAUAUAAUUAAAGUAAUGUUUAUCUUCUUUUCCGAACGAUUCAAUAAAUCUUAAUGUAG